AAUUCCAAAAUUAGGGUUUGUUUAAUGUGAAGUAUUAGAAUUCGGUUUACACGUGUUGGUAGAGGCCAUUGUAAUUUCCACCACUAUAAAUCCUAAACCCAAAAGCUUUCCUCAACUCAGUGUUCAAUCUCAUCAAAAUGGAACUACCACUUGAAGAAGACAACGACGACGAGUUCUCCCCAUUGAACCUCAUCCGCUACCAUCUUCUUCAAGACAGCUCCCAUUCCUUCUCCACUCUCCCAGAUUUCGGAUUCAAACUCCAAUUCCAAGAUUUCGACUACGUCAAACCAUCAUCCCAAGAGGAAGAAGACCCUCCGAUUCAAAGUCCAAAGACCCACCCACAACAACAAUCCCCCGACGACGGUAGGCGUUACAGAGGGGUUCGGCGGCGGCCCUGGGGGAAGUUUGCUGCGGAGAUUCGUGAUCCGAGUAGAAAAGGGAGUAGGGUUUGGUUGGGGACUUUUGAUUCGGAUGUUGAUGCGGCUAGAGCUUAUGAUUCUGCUGCUUUUAAGAUAAGGGGAAGAAAAGCUAAGCUGAACUUUCCGUUGGAUGCCGGAAAAGCUGACCCGCCGCCGGGGAAUGGCCGGAAGAAGAGACGUGAGACAAAUUUGAAUGUUUAGUGAAAAUGGAAAAACAGUUUAUAAAAUCUUUGAACAAAUUUUCAUUGUGGAUUAAUCAUGAAUUUGUAUAUAAAUAUGUUGUGUUAAAUUACAAUUUCUUUUCUUUUCUUUUCAUUUUUGUUUGAUUCAACAAAAUAUUUAUCUUACAACUUGGAGAUAUUAAUUUUGGA